GGCCACAUGCGUAGGUCCUAGAAGUAUGCUCUCCUCCCCCUUUUUCUUUUGUUUUUUCUUGAUUGAAAAAAAAUGAAAAAGAAACAAAAAUAUGUACAUAUAUAUGUUACUUCCCCAAUAGCCAUUAGCAAGUGGAGACAGAUUGAGCUUUUCAAAUGUGAAUCAAAAAAGUAUAAAAGCUGAACAUAUCAAAGGCUAUUAUUAUUAUUAUACUUAUACAGACAGACAGAUACCAAAUCUACUAAACAAAUUCUGAUAAUUACUUAGCACAUAGAGAAUAAUAAGAAUUGCCAGAAAUGUUGCCCAUGUUUGAUCCAAACGACAAUGAAGCUGGUAUGAAGCUUUUGGAGGACCUAACCACAAAUGCACACCAUUUUCAACAACAGGCACUGAAGGAGAUACUAUCAAACAAUGCUGCCACUGAAUAUCUAAGCAGCUUUCUCAAUGGUCACUCUGAUAUGAAGCUUUUCAAGGAAAGAGUUCCCAUUGUGAAGUAUGAAGAUAUCAAGCCUUUUAUCAACCGAAUUGCCAAUGGGGAAUCCUCCAACAUCAUUUCAGCUCAACCAAUAACAGAGCUUCUUACGAGCUCAGGAACUUCAGGAGGGCAACCAAAGAUGAUGCCUUCAACGCAUGAAGAAUUGGAGAGGAAGACAUUUUUCUAUAACCUUCUUGUGCCCAUCAUGAACAAAUAUGUGGGAGGGCUGGACCAAGGAAAAGCCAUGUAUCUUCUGUUUGUGAAACCAGAAGUGAGUACCCCAUCUGGCUUGAGGGCGAGGCCUGUGCUGACAAGCUAUUACAAGAGUGAUAACUUCAGAAAAAGGCCAUUCAACCGUUACAAUGUCUACACAAGCCCCGAUGAGACAAUCUUAUGUGAUGACACAAAGCAAAGCAUGUACUGCCAAUUACUCUGCGGUUUACUCGAACGAGACCAUGUUCUCAGAGUUGGAGCAGUUUUCGCCUCUGCUUUUCUCAGAGCCAUUAAGUUCUUGGAGGAUCAUUGGGAAGAGUUAUGCUGCAACAUAAGAUCUGCCCAGUUGAGCCAAUGGAUCUCUGAUCCAACUUGUAGGAAUGCCGUGUCAUCAUUAAUGCUCAAACCAAAUCCAGAACUGGCUGACUUGAUCGAAACCCAAUGCAGGGAGAGGUCAUGGGAAGGUAUCAUCAAAAGGGUUUGGCCCAAAACCAAGUUUAUUGAAGUUAUUGUCACAGGGUCCAUGGCUCAAUACAUCUCGACCCUGGAAUUCUACGGUAGAGGCCUUCCUUUGGUAUCGACCAUGUACGCUUCCUCCGAAUGUUUCUUCGGCAUUAACUUCAAACCACUAAGCAAGCCAUGUGAUGUCUCUUACACUCUCAUUCCCACCAUGGCUUACUUCGAGUUCUUACCAGUAGUAGCACCAGCAGACAAUAAUGACCGUAAAGAUAGUAUUACUGGUUGUUCUAAUAAAGAACAAGUAGUAGUGGACCUAGUAGAUGUGAAGCUCGGUCACUACUAUGAACUCGUAGUAACCACUUUCACAGGCUUGUAUAGAUACAGAGUGGGUGACAUUCUAAGAGUGAGUGGCUUUCACAACAAAGCACCUCAGUUCAGAUUUGUGCAGCGUAGAAACGUGGUGUUAAGCAUUGACGCAGAUAAAACUAAUGAAGAGGAUCUGUUACAGGCAGUUGGGAAAGCAAAAGAGGUGGUUGAAGCAGUUGGGUUCUUAGUGACAGAGUACAGUAGCUACGCUGACACGUCAUCAAUCCCAGGCCAUUACGUGCUAUUUUGGGAGCUUAAGAGCAAAUCAGGAGGAGCAUAUUCAGAAUUGGAGCUGAAUCAAGAUGUAAUGGAGGAAUGUUGUUGGAGGGUAGAAGAGUCAUUGGACUCUGUUUACAGAAGAUGUAGAGCUAAGGACAAGUCCAUUGGAGCAUUGGAGAUAAGGGUUGUGAAGGAAGGAAGCUUUGAUGCUUUAAUGGAUUUUUGUGUUUCACAAGGAUCUUCUCUGAACCAGUACAAAACACCCAGAUGUAUUAAAUACGAGGCAGGGAUAAUAAUUUUGGAGUCAAGAGUUGUGGCAAGAUUUUUCAGUCAAAAAUUACCAUCAUGGGAGCCUCCUUGCUUUUAGAAGUUUCAAAAUUAAACUCUACUUCUGUGUUUGUUAGUUAGUCAUGUAUGAACGUUUUGGAUUAUUAUUAUUAUUAUUAUUAUCAUUCAUUAUGUUUUAAAAAUUAAUUAGUAUUAAUGUUAAUAUAGGGGGAUGAGUAAUAAUGAGAUAGUGAGAUUGGGAAAAAGUGAGCUAAUAAGUAUACUAUCACUUUCUCAACCUCACUAUAUACCUAUCCUUUUCCUCCAAUUCAUCAUCACUUUACGUACACAAAUUUAAUUUUGUGCGUGUUUGUGUGUUUAACUAUAAUGCAUCGUUUUCUGUAA